CGAGUUACAACGAGAGGGAUUAUGGACUGAAAAACGGUUGCCAAAACUGCAAGAGCCCAGCCGCCCGAAGGCACAUUGGGACUAUUUGUUAGAGGAGAUGGUUUGGUUGGCAGCGGAUUUUGCGCAAGAGCGCAAAUGGAAGAAAAAUGCUGCCAAGAAAUGCGCCAAAAUGGUGCAGAAGUACUUCCAGGACAAAGCGAAUGCAGCACAGAAGGCGGAGAAGGCACAUGAGGCACACUUAAAGCGGAUAGCGGCCUUCCUCUCCAAAGAGGUGAAAAUGUUUUGGUCAAAUGUGGAGAAAUUGGUGGAAUACAAACAUCAUACGAAGCUCGAGGAGAAGCGUAAAAAGGCGCUUGAUCAGCAUUUAAGCUUCAUUGUCGAUCAGACAGAGAAAUUCUCACAGCAGCUGGCCGAGGGCAUGAAUAAAAGCAUAAUAGAAACAGCUGCGGGGGCUAGUGGUGCGCCAAGCAUGGAUUCCAGUAGGAUAUCAUCGCCUAAGCGUGAGACAGCGGGCAAUGGGUCUGAUGAUGAUUUCCGUCCAGAAUCUGGAUCAGAAGAUGAUGAGGAAACAAUUGCCAAAGCUGAAGAGGAAGCGGCAGACGUCAAGGAAGAGGUUGCGGCCUUAGAAAAAGAAUCUCAAAUGGAUCUUGAUGAUUUUCUGAAAGAUCUGCCAAAAGGCUACUUAGAAAAUCGCGAUAAAAUUUUACUUGAGGAAGUUGACCCCAAAAGCAGCCAAGAAGAUGACGCAGACGACACCGAGUUCGAAGCAAAUGAAGACAGCGAUGACGAUGAGAACACGAUUAGCAAACAAGAAGAAGAAGAAAAAGAUAUCGAUCAUCAGAAAGAAAUUGAUGAGUUGGAAGCGGAUAACGACUUAACCGUCGAACAGCUGUUGGAAAAGUACAAAUCGGGCAAGAUUGAUGAACCAAAAGGAACGUUGACGCGAAGAAGAGGCGCAGCGCCGCCGGCAAAGAAACGCGCCAAAAUGGAAAUUGACUCGGACGAUGAUGAAGUGGAGAAUGACACCAGUAGCAGCGAAGGCACUGUGGUGGAAACUGAAAGUGAGUCAGAUAACGAGGAAGAGACCAAUGACGAAGAGAAUUCCUCGGACGUAAGCGAAGAAAAUGAACAGGAAGAUGGACUGAAGAGUCUGUUGGAAGAUACCGAGGGCAACAGCAAAGAUGACAUGAUUAAAGAUGCCGCCGCUCUAGCCGAAAGCAUACAACCUAAGGGUAAUACGCUGUCUUCAACAAAUGUGGUCACGCCGGUGCCAUUUCUGCUUAAACACUCACUACGUGAGUAUCAGCACAUUGGUUUGGAUUGGCUUGUCACCAUGAAUGAACGUAAAUUGAACGGCAUACUCGCUGAUGAAAUGGGUUUAGGUAAAACCAUUCAGACGAUAGCGCUGCUAGCGCAUUUAGCAUGCGUUAAAGGCAAUUGGGGUCCACAUCUGAUUGUCGUGCCAUCAUCGGUGAUGCUCAAUUGGGAAAUGGAAUUUAAGAAAUGGUGUCCGGCAUUUAAGAUACUCACAUACUAUGGCACGCAAAAAGAGCGUAAGCUUAAGCGUGUGGGCUGGACAAAACCUAAUGCAUUCCAUGUGUGCAUAACAUCCUACAAAUUGGUGGUGCAGGAUCAGCAGAGUUUCCGUAGGAAAAAGUGGAAAUAUCUGAUAUUGGAUGAGGCGCAAAACAUUAAAAAUUUCAAGUCGCAACGCUGGCAGCUGCUGCUAAAUUUCUCCACAGAAAGACGUCUAUUGCUCACCGGCACUCCACUACAAAACGAUUUAAUGGAAUUAUGGUCGCUUAUGCACUUUCUAAUGCCAUAUGUGUUUUCAUCGCAUCGCGAAUUUAAAGAGUGGUUCUCCAAUCCUAUGACCGGUAUGAUUGAAGGCAACAUGGAGUACAAUGAAACGCUCAUAAGCCGACUGCACAAGGUCAUACGCCCUUUCUUGCUGCGACGUCUCAAAAAAGAAGUCGAAAAGCAAAUGCCCAAGAAAUACGAGCACGUCGUAAUGUGUCGCUUGUCGAAUCGUCAACGCUAUUUGUAUGAAGAUUUUAUGAGCCGCUCAAAAACUAAGGAAACACUGCAAACAGGCAAUCUACUAAGUGUCAUCAAUGUGCUUAUGCAGCUACGUAAAGUCUGUAAUCAUCCAAAUAUGUUUGAAGUACGUCCAACCAUUUCGCCAUUUCAAAUGGAAGGCAUAACCUAUGAAGCGCCAAGGCUAGUUUAUAAUUUGCUGGAUUACGAUCCAUUCACGCGCAUCGAUUUGCAUUCGUUAAAUUUACUUCUAAUUGAUUUGGAACUCACCCUCACUGCUUACGUUUCGCACAAGUCACGCGUUCUGGAGCCACCCCGUAAGCUAAUUGAGGAAAUCGACAGUGCACCGGCGCCGCCACCACCCUGCCCGCGUGGCAAAUUCAAAUUUUACAUACGUGUACGCGAUCAGCAAGUGCAGCAGAAUCUGAGUCAGCACAGCACGGCUAUGGUACGCGUCGGCGCUAGUCCUGCUAUGCGUACAGAUGGCAAGAAAGUAGUACCAUUGCGUGAAACGAAUACAGCAAAUUUGCGACUUGUAAAGCGUUUGAACAAUAUAAACCCCGUUAACACGUCCAAAUUGCCCGCCUUGUCGAUGGCACCUUCAACAUCCACUUCGGCGGCCAUUUCACUGGCCAGCAGUGGUGUUGGUGGUAGCAUACGCACCGCCUCGGGCAUAUCAGUAACGCGCGUACAAGUCGCACCACAAGCGAGCACUAAUUUGACGCCACCUGCGGCAAAAAUCGCCAAGCUGGUGCAGCAUGGCAGCGGUAAGCCGUAUUUCCUGGUAACAUCUUCGGCUGGUAGCAGUUCGUUGAGCGAUACCGUGAGUGGAAGUAACGCUUCGGGUAGCCGUUUAACGUUGGUGUGCAAAAGCGGCAGUGGCAAUACCAGUUUAACCGCUAUGAGCGCGGGUAGCAGUGGGAAGAGCGGCAUAAGCAUUAAGCCAAAGCCGGAAAAUUCGAAAUUAUUAACCACUAUUGCGCAGCAGGUGAAGAGCACCACCACCGAUACUGGAGGAACCGACGAUUUGGGGAACGCUGCGAUGGAUGUUGAUGAGCCAGAAACUGCAGGAACCGAAACGUCGGAAUCCGAUCCAAUAUAUAAUAUGCAAAAAAUACUGGAAAAGCGUAAGGAGCAGCGUUUGGCGCGCCUCAAAUUGGUUGCAGCUGUGAAUCGACGCUGCAUAGAGGGUGUGCCUAUAUAUGGGGCGGACUGUCGCGCAACACUGACGAAAUGUGUGAGGCCGAGCCAGACGCUGGAGUACUCCAGCUGGCAAACGCGAAGUCACACCAACUGUUGUACAGCCAUGGCGCGGCGCGAUUGCUGGACGCUCAGCAAAAUAAUCAAAUCAUAUGAGAAGCGCGUUGAAGAUCUGCGACAAACCUUCAGCAAUUUCGUCAUCUAUGUGCCACCGGCGUGUGCGCCGCGCAUACGCUUCUACGUUCAGCAUCUCACAUCGGGACGUUUGCAACGUGAGCGUAGAAUUGAAAACACUGUCGCACAAUAUUGUUCACCCAAGCUGACAUUGCUGCAUCCAGUCAUCUCAGCGAUGACCACACAGUUUCCAGAUCCUCGUCUCAUACAAUACGAUUGCGGCAAAUUACAAACCCUUGAUCUGCUGUUGCGUCAACUGAAAUCCGGACAACAUCGUGUGCUGAUAUUCACACAAAUGACAAAAAUGUUGGAUGUGCUGGAGGCAUUCCUUAACUACCAUGGACACAUCUACUUGCGGUUAGACGGUUCGACGCGCGUCGAACAGCGUCAAGUGCUAAUGGAGCGCUUCAAUGGCGACAAACGCAUUUUCUGCUUCAUAUUGUCGACACGUUCCGGUGGCGUUGGUGUUAAUUUAACCGGCGCGGAUACUGUGAUAUUUUACGAUUCCGAUUGGAAUCCAACUAUGGACGCGCAAGCGCAAGAUCGUUGCCAUCGUAUUGGUCAAACACGUGAUGUGCACAUCUAUCGGCUGGUGUCUGAGAAAACAAUCGAAGUGAAUAUACUAAAAAAAGCGAAUCAAAAGCGCAUGCUAAGCGAUAUGGCGAUCGAAGGUGGCAACUUUACGACCACUUAUUUCAAAAGUUCCACCAUCAAAGAUCUUUUCAAUUUGGAACAAGGCGAUCAAGAUGGCGGCGAAACAGCUGCAGUUGUUGGUGCGGCUAACGGCGGUCGUGCGGAGAAACCAACGACUUCUUCAGCAAGUGCGGCAGCAAUUGUCAGUGAGCUGGGCAGUGAAAUUGAGACGGAAAAGCAGUCGUUGCGUGCGUUUGAGAGCGCUCUAGCUGCUGCCGAAGACGAGCAGGAUGUGCAGGCAACCAAGACAGCGAAGGCGGAGGCGGCUGCCGACUUGGCAGAAUUCGAUGAGACCAUACCCAUUGAUGAAACGACAACGGCAGACGGCGCUGCAGCAGCGGAGAUGAGUAAAGCGGAUUUGGAAAUGCAAAAUCUCGUGAAGCAGCUCUCGCCAAUCGAGCGCUACGCUAUGCGUUUCGUUGAAGAAACCGGUGCAGCAUGGACCGCCGAACAACUGCGUGCAGCCGAGGAAGAAAUCGAAGCUCAAAAGCGCGAAUGGGAAGCCAACCGCUUAGCUGCAUUGCAAAAGGAAGAGGAGAUGCUGAAAAAGGAGGCUGAAGCUGAUGAAAUGCUCACCUACAAUCGCAAGGACGCAAGCAAUCAGGUUAAUAAUAAAAAUCAAGGAUCUACAAUUAGAAGAAAAGCUAUGAUUAAGUCGAACAGAAGAGUACUUAAAAAACAGUUAGGGCGAGGUAAAGUUGAUAGGCGCCGGCGUAGCAGUGAGGCUGCUACUACUCUGGCGACAAGUAGCCGUGCGGUGAGAGCACGCCAGAAUAGUAAUAUGUCGAAGAGGCGAGCACCAGUGAAAACUCGUAGAGGGACUAAUCAAUGUUUGCGUGGUAAAACAGUCAGAGCAGGCAGGGCCAACAAUGCCAGUAGUAAGAGUAGAGGUAAUAGUGUUGAGCGUGAGAAAGAACCAGCGAGGAGUGUGCAAGGUUCUGCUAAGGGUAGUAAUAUGCGCAGAGCAAAGAGGUCGCCCUCACCAACAGCAUCGGAAGAUGAUUUGGAGACGGCGACAACAGUGAAAUCCACUAGAAAGACAACGCGCACGUCAAUGGCAGCAGCUGCAGCCGCUACAACAGCAGAUACAGAUUGCGAUAUAUUGUCGAACGAUGGGACGACAAAUGAUAAACGCGUAACUGCUGCGGGGGUAAGGAGAAACGCGACGGGUGUGAAAAAUCAAAGACUGCUGAAUCGCCGCUUGCUCCGGCUCAAAGCGAAUUCUGUUGCGACGACGCAAAUGCGAAAGCGUAAAAUAAGCGGUGGUGCUGCUGCAGCAAAGUCACCCCCAGCCAAGAGAAAACCAGUUGAAAAGUUGACGAACAGAAGCGCAGCUCAGCGGCGUCAACUGCGCAACAGUCCGAAGAAGAAUGCGAGUGCAAAUAGGUCUAAGUCUAAUCGCCGCAGAGAAAGCGAAAGUGAUGAUAAUGAGGACGAAGAAGAGGAGGAUGAUGAUGAAGUAGCCGCUAGCGAUGAUAAAGAGGAGAUCGAGCAAUCGGCCAGUGAAAGCGAACAUAUCCAAGACGACAGUGAUAAGGACGAAGCUGAAGCCGAUAGUGAGCGGGAAGCUGCGGAAGAUAUUGGUACAGCGGCUAGUGCGGAAGAGGACGAUACGGAAAAUGAGAAUAUGAAUUACGACAGCGCACAUAGCCAUUGCAGUGAAGAUUUGAGGGAAGAAGAAAGUCAAGAGGACGUGAGUGAAGAAGAAGAGGAAAAAGCAAAGACUGCGCGCAAAAAAUCGCCAAGGAAAUACUCACCGCACUGGAAGUACAACUCACGGGCUAACAAUGUUACACCGCCGCCGCCAGCUGCUAUCACUGAAGACGAAAGUGCCGCCGCCGCCACUGCCGAGGGCGAGGAGAGUCAGAAUGAUGCCUCCAGCUAUGUAACAGUGCUCGAUACUGCCGAACAUGACUUCGAUGAUGACGUAGAUGAGGAUGAAGAGAUCGUAUAUGUGAGCGACAAUAAUGCUAAUGACGAUAACGUUAACGAUAACGACAGUGAAAAUGAGAAAACUGACGCGCGAACACGUGCAUUUGUGAAUGAACGACGACGAAACGAUUCAGAGGCGCCCACCAAUUCAAACAGUUUGGACGUGUGGAAUGCACACACGCAAAUACAGGACACCACUAUGACGAACUCGACAUAUUACAACGUGUCGGACGAAUCAGACUCCGAUGAAAAUGAGACGCCUCUCGCGCACUUGAACGCCUCGGCGACAAAGCGCGGUACGGCAAAUAGCAGCUUGUCGGCAACUAAGGCCACAGCCACGAAUGUGACGUUAACACCUGCAGCGUACCAGAACCACGUCGAUGUCAACAGUCCGCGUACGCGUUCACGCGGUGCGGUGAAAAUCAAUCUGUGGACAUUAGAUGUGAGUCCGGUGCUACCAGAUGUGCGAUCAGGUGCCACGCGAAUGGCAAAAAAAAGAUACACAAACACAAAACCGACGUGGUCGAGUGGUGGCCGCAACAAAAGUCGCAUCGGCAACGGAAGCGGCGGCGAGUAGAGAGCAAUGCGAAGACGAAAUGGGCGAAGAAGAGCACCUGAUGGACAGUGAUGCGGAGAAUGCCACCUCCAAUCACAAACCUCGGCCAGUGAGUACGACUGUGCAAACAACAGUUGUAAGUACGCCGAAUUGUAGACGAGCGGCAGCAGCGACGAUAACAACGUUGAAACUUAAUGCAGCAACGACCCAUCGGCGACGGCAACAAAAGCCGCGUGUCGCCGUUUCUGCUGCUAAUAUACGUACUGGCACAACGACAUUACACCGUUGGCUGCUCAAAACCACGAAAACUACCAGAGCUGCUGACGUGGACGCCAGCUCAGAAGCGGACGAAGGAGAAAUACUCGAUCCGCUGGCCGACAAUAGUACGCUCUCAAGCAUGGAUUCUACAGGAUCGAUAACGAUGGCGAAAGUGACAGCCAAAAGGAGUAGUAAUGGGCCGACAUGAUGCAACAAUAUCGCCGCUCCUAACGCGUUUGGUUACACAUAGUAGAAGACUAUUUAGAGACGAUUAGUGUCAUUUCAUGCUGCUGCUGCUGCUGCUGCUGAUGCUGUAGCGCGCUGCUAAAAAUGAUGUACCGAGUACGGAGACAGACAGUAUUAUAAGGACACUGUAUCAUCUAUCGCUGUUGUGCAUUGUGGUGCGUUGUUGUGGUCUUUUUAAUAGGAUAAACUAUUGCAAGCUGGCUGCCUGCCUCUGCCAGUGAUUGUUGAGCAAGCGAGCGGGCGGGCAGGCAAAACUUUCACGCAAUGAAUGCGCACGCGCAUGCGCUGGAAGUUGGCUAGGGAGCCGCAGGAGAGUGUGUGCGUGCACAAUUGAAAGUUUUGUUUGCCCACCCUUGAAGCUACCCUUGGCCGAGCGAUUUUUUUUUUAAUGUGGGUGGUUUAGAGAAAAAGGUUAAAACGUGCAAGCGCCACACACACACACACACACACACACAAAACGGCGUUCAGUUGAGGAAAUCACUAUAUUUAAAAGUAGAUACAGGUUCAUGCAAUUAAUUGUAAAAAUAGUAUAUAUAUAAAAAAAAAACUAUACAUAAAAGCGAAUCCAAUGCUAAAUCUUGUAAAUACAUAUGUAUGUUUAAUUGCUAGGUAGUUAGGGGACACUCUUAAUUGCAAAUUAGUUGGCAAGAAAUAAAAAAGGUUUAGAGGAGUUAACGUUAUAGUGAUUGAUGUGAAAAUUAUCAUUUGACAAUGUUUAUGGAAAGAGAGAGAGAGGCGGAGACAGAGAGGGUGGGGCUUGAAGCGGAAGUAAAGUGGAAAGAAACUCAGUACUACAGCUUUUACUAUGAGACAUUGAAUGCAAAAAUGCAAUACUUGGAUUUCUGUUCGUUUUAGUUAACUGUUUCAACAUGUGAAAUCGCUAUUUAAUUAUUAUUUUUUCAUAAGCUCGUCAAACUUUUAUUAAGUGUUUAGUCACUUAUUUUCGCUGUAUUUGUAUUGGCAUAAAGCGCUACAGCGCUUGGACGAUCGCAAAUCUUUACUUCCAUUGCUAGAUGCUGCGUUUCAUAGUAAAAUUUGCUGUGUGCGCAAAAACAAAAUACAAGAAAUAAAAUAUUAACAAAAGCGACCGCUGUGCGUUCCAUAGUUCCAAUUAGAUUUUAUUUUAGCAAUCGACUUUAUGUAUUAAGCCUAAAAUAUCAAUUGGUACACAAUACAUAUACGAGUAUAGAAAAAGAAA